AUGUCAUCACAAUUUUCUACCUCUAACAAGUUGGACGACAAACGUUUGUAUAUUGGAAAUUUAGAUUCUUCUAUCGAUGAAUAUACUGUUGUAAAGUUAUUUGAACCUUUUGGAAAAAUAACUCAUCUUGACUAUCUCUUUCAUAAGAGUGGACCAAAACGCGGUCAGCCAAGGGGUUAUUGCUUCUUGGAAUAUAGUAAAAAAGAGGAAGCCUUGAGAGCCAUGACAGCUAUGCAUUCAAAAUUGAUCAAGAACCGAUCCAUGAUAGUGACUUUUGCAUAUGCAGCACCUGAGAAUUACGACAGUAGGCAAUUCAAAAAACGACCUUCAUCAGUUACUAACAGGCCAACGACGAUUUCUUUGUUAAAAGCACAUAAAAUGGUUAAUGCUAGUACGGAUUCAAAGAUACAAGCUUUGGAAAGAAAAUUGGCUCAAAUGAAACAAAAAGAUACGUCAACAGAUUCUCCAAUAAAAUCUUCUUCACAACCUUCAUCCCCAAGAUCAUCUACUUCAUUACCAACAGAAAGAUUGAAAAUAGAAAGAAAUUCAUCGGCGCCUACAUCGCCGUCAACUUUGGGCGGAAGGAGGAGAUUUACCCCUUAUAAUUUUCCGAAAAGUUCAAAAUAG